CUCAUACAGGAGAGAAACCUUUCAGCUGUUCAGUUUGUAGGAAAUCAUUUAUGUGCAGUGGACGUUUACGCAUUCACAUGAAAUUGCAUUCUGGAGAAAGCUUCAGCUGUUCAGUUUGUCAGAAAUCUUUUAUACAGAAAGGGAACUUGAAAGCACACAUGAAAACUCACACUGGAGAGAAACGUUUUCGCUGCAGUGUUUGUAUGAAAUCUUUUACACAGAGUGGGACCUUGAAAGCACACAUGAGAACUCACACUGGAGAGAAACCUUUUCGCUGCAGUGUUUGUAUGAAAUCUUUUACACAGAGUGGGACCUUGAAAGCACACAUGAGAACCCACACAGGAUAGAAAACUUACAGCUGCAGUGUUUGUGACCAAAGAUUCACUCGGACAGAACAAUCAGUCUUAAUGAGUCUUCUCAGUCUCAUUAGAAUCACACUAAGGGGCACUAGACGGGAGAUUUGAUUCAACCUAAAACCGUACACUGAUGACAAUUGGAAGGAGACCAGAGAAUUUUAGUCAAUGUAAAACUUUCUGUAAAAUAAGUAAGUCCUAGUACGUUGUUUGACACUUAUUACGAACCAAAAAUAGUUCAGUUGUUCUGAGAGUUGUAAAAGAUUGUUCGUCUGGGGUCUGAAGGAACACAUGAGGAUCCCUACGGGAGAGAAACUGUUAAGUUAGUGCAACAAGAUUCUCGCUGAAGUAAAACUUAAUUUGUCACAUGAGCUUUAGUGCAGGAGACAAAUGUUUCAGCUGUUGUGUGUGUGUGUGUGUGUGUGUGUGUGUGUGUGUGUGUUCUUCAUCAGCAGUCAGAGAGACACAGAGCUGCUCCUCUGUUUCGUCUGUCUGUUCAUUAGUCUACAGUGAGACAUUGGUCUGUAUGUUACACAUGCUACACUACAUCAGUUUGUGACGUUAAUGAAAUUACCGCAGUCGCACACACGUGACACAGACGUUUCAUAUACAAGACGCAUAUAACAAGGACAAAGUGUCUCUGUCUCCGUCCCUCCCUCGGCCUCUCUGUUGAUGCUUUGUGCAUAAAUAAGAUUAAUAGAAUAAAUAAAUAAAAAGAUUUAAAACAUUUUUCAGCACUCGAUUCAUCUGAAAGGCCAACAGAUAGAAAAUGACUUUUCAACUCCUCCCACAAAGACUUUUAAUUGUUCCAAACUACAGUGGAUUGAGAUCUACUUGAUACUUUUAUACUCAUGUUAUAGUUUAGUGUCCUGUGCUGCCACCCUUUAAACCGCUGUAGCUCCAGUGCUGUGUGCAAAAAUAUUCAUGUACAGCCCUGCUGUUUAUUUUACAUAGUUUUUCAUUUACAUGUUGUGCAGCUGUAUAUGUCAAAGCAGAUAAAAAAAAAAUCCCUGUCUCUGCCUUUUAUUUUGAUCACAGUCUGUUUUUUUUAAAACUGCUUGUGGCAUCUCAAAUGUGGCUUUGACUUGCAGCUGGAAACAUGUCGCCCAUUAAUAGAAAAAAAAAUGGAGAUAUACAUUGUGUAUCACCAGUCAACCUGUAAAUACCGAGAUAUGAAUUUUUGUCCAUAUCACCCAGCCCUACUCUCUAUAGAAUAGGGAAGCAUCAUAUGGGACUAUGUUCACACUGUAACAAACUGGAAACAGUCAAACAUGUACUAAUACAUUGCAACAGGUGUGAAGAAGAAAGAAAGGAGUUCAUAAGAGGACUAACUGAAGAGAGGCACAGUGUUACAUUAGAGGAUCUACUUGGAAAGACAUCAAGGAAUAAACAUAAGCUUCUGUUUAAUUAUUUAAGAGUAGCAGGGACAGAGAGAAUUUAGUCUUUUAUUUUUUGUUUUUGUUUUGUUUUUUGCCAAUCUACUGCUCCACACUCCAGUCCAGUAGGUGGCGGUAACGCACCUGAAAAUUGUUUUGAGAAAUGUUUUGAAGCUUUUGUUUCUAAGCUCAAGAAUAAACCUUCAAGUUUUUUGGAUAUCAUUCUUGAGAAGGUGUAUUGUAAUCAUUUAUCUUCCUGUUUGCGUUUUUCUAUGAAAGCCUUUAAAUUCCAGGAACAGUUCUGGACUUUUAUUUUGAAGCUCACCAACUCCUCUGACCCGGAAGUUGCAUUCUUUACUACCGCUAACUUCACACUGUUUGAACAAAGAUGGCGUGUUAGCAGAGUGUCUUUGUUGUGUUUUUAAAGUGUGAACAUGUCUAAAGUCCAAAUGCUGAGAUCGUUGGUGAAGCAGCGACUAACUGCGGCUGCUGAAGAGAUAUUUGGGCUGUUUGAAAGAACGAUAGCAGAGUACGAGGAGGAACUUUGUCGAUCAAAAGAGGAGAACGAGCGACAACGGAAACUACUGGACGCUGUUUUCAACCCUCAGCUUCGGUUACACAGAGCAGACAUCCAGCAGCUGUUGGUAGUUAAAGAAGAGGUUCCCCCUGAGCAGCAGGAGUGGAGCUCCAGUGUGGACCAGGAGGACCCAGAGCCUCCACACAUUAAAGAGGACCAGGAGUUCACAUCCACUCCUGUCCCUGUGAAGAGUGAAGAUGAUGAAGAGAAACCUCAGUCCUCACAGCUUCAUCAAAGACACACUGAACAGAUGGAAACAGAAUCUGAUGGAGAGGACUGUGGAGGACCAGAACCAGCCAGGAACUCAGAUCCAGAUACACAUUUACAACCUGAGACUGAUGACAAAACUGGAGAGUCUUCUGAACCUGAGACUGAUGACAGUGAUGAUGAUUGGACAGAGACCAGAGAACCUCAGUCAGGUUUCAACGCUCUUAAAAAUGAUUUGAAUGGUGGUAAAAAAAACCCAUAUAGCUGCUCUGAGUGUGGGAAAAGAUUUUCUCAACGUGGAAGUCUGAAGCGACACAUGAGCACUCACACAGGAGAAAAACCAUAUAGCUGCUCCGAGUGUGGGAAAAGAUUUUCUCAACGUGGAAGUCUGAAGCGACACAUGAGCACUCACACAGGAGAAAAACCAUAUAGCUGCUCCGAGUGUGGGAAAGGAUAUUCUCAACUUGGAAAUCUGAAGAUACACAUGAGCACUCACACAGGACAAAAACCAUAUCGCUGCUCUGAGUGUGGGAAAAGAUUUCCUCAACGUGGAAGUCUGAAGCGACACAUGAGCACUCACACAGGAGAGAAACCAUUUAGCUGCCGUGAGUGUGGGAAAAGAUUUUCUCUACGUGGAAGUCUGAAGAAACACAUGAGCACUCACACAGGAGAAAAACCAUAUCGCUGCUCUGAGUGUGGAAAAAGAUUUGGUCAUCUUGGAAAUCUGAAGGAACACAUGAGCAGUCACACAGGAGAAAAACCAUUAAGCUGCUCUGAGUGUGGGAAAAGAUUUGGUCGAACUGGACAUCUGAAUGUACACAUGAGAAUUCACACAAGAGAAAAACCAUAUAGCUGCUCUGAGUGUGGGAAAAGAUUUGGUCACAUUGGACAAUUGAAAGAACACAUGAACAUGCAUGCCGGAAAAAGGUGCUUCAGCUGUUCAGUUUGUCUGAAAUCUUUUACACGGAAAGAGAUCUCGCAAAUACACAUGAGAACUCACAUUGGAGAGAAACCAUACAGCUGCUCCGAGUGUGGGCUUGGAUUUUCUCACUUAAGUCAUCUAAAGAGACACAUGAGAACUCACACAGGAGAGAAACCAUAUAGCUGCUCUGAGUGUGGGAAAAGAUUUGGUCAAUCUGGAACUCUGAAAGUACACAUGAAUAUGCAUACCGGAAAAAAUUUCUUCAGCUGUUCAGUUUGUCAGAAAUCUUUUACACGAAAAUGGACCUUGAAAGCACACAUGAGAACUCACACUGGAGAGAAAGAUUUUCGCUGCAGUGUUUGUGACCAAAGAUUUGCUUGGCAUAAACAUCUCAGAAAACACAAGUGUGUUGUUAAUGAGUCAGUCUCACUAGAAUCACACUAAGGGGCAUUAGAAGGGAGAUUUUAUUGAACCUGAACCAUACACUGAUGACAGUUGGAAGGAGACCAGAGAAUUUCAGUCAAUAUAAAACUUUCUGAAAAAUAAGUAAGUCCUAGUACGUUGUUUGAGACUUAUUAUGACCCAAAAAUAUUUCAGUUGUUCUGAGAGUUGUAAAAGAUUGUUCGUCUGGGGUCUGAAGGAACACAUGAGGAUCCCUACAGGAGAGAAACUAUUAAGUUAGUGAAACAAGAUUUUCGCUGAAGUAAAACUUAACUUGUCACAUGAGCUUUAGUUCAGGGGACAAAUCUUUUAGCUGUUGUGUGUCUCUGUGUGUGUGUGUGGGGGGGGGGGGGCGUUGAAGCUUUUGUCUCCGAGUUAAAGAAUAAACCCUCAGGCUCAAGUGUAUUUGAAUCAUUCAUCUUCCUGCGUGUGUUUUUUGAGGUAACCUGUAAUUUCAGUAACACUUCCAGACUUUUAUUUUGAAGCUCAGCAACUCAUCUGCUCUGGAAGCUGUAUUCUUCACUGUGGCUAAUGUCACACUGUUUGAGCAGGAUGACAUCUCUGUGGGCUCCUGCUCAUGCAGGGGUGGAAGGAAAUGAAAAAGCAAACAUAUUGGCUGAACAAUAAUUAAAACAACGUUUGAGUGACGUGCAAGUGUCACUAAGGAAUAUUCAGUGCAGGCAGAUUACAGAGUGGGAUCCCAAGGCAAGAGAUGAUCAUUACCCGUCUGAGGAGAGGACAUACUGGAUUAUAUGACACCUUCUCUUAGGGCUGGGCAAUGUAAUGACUGUGUUCGAUAUAUUGAUGUAUUUUCAAUCAAGAUAUGAAUUUAGAUAAUACCGUUUAAAUCUAUAUAGAGUCAAGUUGUGUAACAUAACGUGUACCAGUGUGCUUCUUUUCUCUCUCACACUCCCAGCGCAGCUCUGCCCCCUCACUCACAAGUUCUUCAUCAGCAGUCAGAGAGACACAGAGCUGCUCCUCUGUUUCAUCUGUCUGUUCAUUAGUCUACAGUGAGACAUUGGUCUGUAUGUUACAUGUGCUACACUACAUCAGUUUGUGACGUUAAUGAAAUUACCGCAGUUGCACACACGUGACACAGAUGUUUCAUAUACAAGACGCAUAUAACGAGGACAAAGUGUCUCUGUCUCCGUCUCUCUGUUUUAACAGUGCAAGUAUUUAUUAUUAUCAUUACUUAUUUUAUUAUUGUUGUUGUUUGUUGUUGUCUUUUGAAUGUCAGACGAAUGUGAAUGUCCAAUAUCAAACUAACUUAAUACUGGUAUAAAACAGACUGCUUUGUUCAUAAUCAUAUUUGCAGAAAUACA